AUGGCAUCCUCGAGCAGAAGAGUGAGAGUCUGGACGCUUGCGCUUUGGGUGCUCGCCGCGUAUUCACUUCUGGCGGCCGGACGGAGAGCCAAGCAGCCCCGAUGUCCCGCCGGAUGUACUUGCACCAAAGAUAACGCCCUGUGCGAGAACGUCCGAUCCGUGCCUCACGCCUUCCCUUCGGACGUGCUCUCCUUGUCUUUUGUCAAGUCUGGAUUCACUGAGAUCACAGCAGGAAGCUUUGUGCAUACACCUGCCCUGCAACUCCUAUUGUUUACGGCUAAUUCCUUUGAUUUCAUCGAUGACGACGCCUUCAGCGGUCUGCCACAUCUCGAAUAUCUAUUCAUUGAAAAUAACAAGAUUGCAACUAUCUCCCCCUUUGCAUUCCGGGGCCUCAAAUCAUUGAUUCAUCUGAGUCUGGCUUACAACAACCUGGAGACGCUGCCGAAGGAUGUCUUCAAGGGAAUGGAUGCUUUGACUAAAGUGGAUCUGCGAGGCAACAACCUGUCGUGCGAUUGCAAACUCAAAUGGCUGGUGGAGUGGAUGCACCACACCAACGCCACGCUGGACCAGAUCCACUGUAGCGGGCCGCCCAUCCACCAGGGCAAGAAGAUCAACGACCUGCUGCCGCAUUCCUUCGACUGCAUCACGUCCGAAUUUGCCGCCUAUCAGUCGCUGAAGUUUGAGUCCAUUUCCGUAGAGGCCUUCACCCUUGGUAAAGAUCAGUACGUUGCGUUUGCGCAACCGUUUGCCGGGACGUGCAGCUUCCUGGAAUGGGAUCACGUCGAGAUGAUCUUCAGAAGCUUUGACACCAUUGAAAGCACUUCCACUGUGGUCUGCAAGCCCUUGGCCAUCCGCAACCACCUUUUUGUCAUUGUGGCGCAGCUCUUUGGCGGCUCCCAUAUUUACAAACGGGACAUUUCCGCCAGCAAAUUCAUCAAGAUCCAGGACAUCGACAUCCUGAAAAUCCGCAAGCCUAACGACAUCGAGACCUUCGUCAUCGACGGGGAGUCGUUCUUUGUCAUUGCGGAUAGCUCCAAGGCCGGCUCCACGACGAUAUACAAAUGGAACGGCAACGGAUUCUACUCCCACCAAUCCCUCCACCCGUGGUACCGAGAUACGGACGUGGAGUACUUGGAGAUCUCCAACAAAGCCCACCUGAUCUUGUCCAGCAGCUCCCAGAGGCCGGUCAUUUAUCAGUGGAACAGGAGCCAGAAGAGGUUUGAGCGCAGGACCGACUUGCCAGACAUGGAGGACGUCCUAUCCGUCCAACACUUCCGGGUCAAAAGUGAGCUGUUCAUAUGCUUGACGAGAUUCAUCGGGGACUCCAAGGUGAUGCGUUGGGACGGCGCCAUGUUCAAGGAGGUCCAGACGUUCCCCUCCCGCGGUUCUUUGGUUUUCCAGCCCGUCUCCAUCGGCAACUGGCAGUACGCCAUCCUGGGCAGCGAUUAUUCGCUGACGCAGGUCUACCUGUGGGACGCCAAGCGAGGGCAGUUCGUCCCGUCCCAGGAGGUGAGCAUCCAGGCGCCGCGAGGCUUUUCUCUGGUAUCGGUCGACGGCCGAGACUUCCUGAUUGCGUCCAGCUUUAAGGGGAAGUCUCAGAUAUACGAGCAUCUCAUGAUCGAUCUUAGCAAUUGAAUUGGCCACGCAGUCAUUGUUUAUCUGACAUUUGGAUAGCACAAGUAUGAAGAAGAGGACGUGGCCCGACUGGGACCGGGCUUAAAUUUAGCAUGAGCAAAAAAAACGCGCUCCAUAGUGACAAUGACGUUCAUCGCUCACCACCCGCCACUUACAGAGCACGGAAAGAAGAAUCCGCUUAGCUCUUCUCUGCGGCCAUCGCUUACGCAAGACUCGAUGCGGACACUCGCAGUGUCGCUUUUCGGAUGAAUGACUCACUAGAAGCGUCCCACUGUGUCACCCACCUCUUUCCCUUUCACUGCACCCUUGCCCCUUUUUUGCCCUCAUUGACAAAAGCAUUGUUUGUAUUUGCAGUACCGGUAGCCGUGCUUUCACACAGUCCUCUCUAUUUGUGGGAAUUCGAAAAAAAAAAUACUGACAACAAUUUUGCCCUCCUUUUUUAUGAUACUGUAAAAAGUAAUUUAUACAAUACAGCUUUUGUAGGUAGAAAUGACCACAGUGUUGUUGGUUUUUAAAUAGAAUUAGUCUUAAUUUUCAUUGUGUCACGUGAUGUUAGACAGUAGAAUGUUAAAUGUCAUUCAAAUGAAAAAUCAUUAGGUCCUUUCUUUAAACCCGAUCCAACUUAUUUACAUUCAAAGAAACAAAAUACCACCAGCUCAUAUUUUAGAGACAUUUCAUGAGGCAUCUCUAAUCAAAAUUGAAUUGUAAAAUCAACAGUAGCUUUGUACAGUGUAACUUUUGUCCCCCCAUCUCUGAUUCAAGGGAUACGCGUUGUGACAAAGAAUGUGUUGAUUAUGUCGUUUAAUAGGCUUAAUAAAAGUCAUGCACGUCAA